UAAAAUGAGUGGACGAGGAAAAACCGGAAAGGCCAAGAGCAAGCCCAAGUCUCGCUCGUCCCGGGCCGGACUGCAGUUCCCGGUGGGCCGUGUUCACAGGCUCCUGAGAAAGGGUAACUAUGCUGAGCGGGUGGGUGCCGGAGCCCCGGUCUAUCUGGCCGCUGUGCUCGAGUAUCUGACGGCUGAAAUCCUCGAGUUGGCCGGUAACGCGGCCCGGGACAACAAGAAGACCCGCAUCAUCCCCAGACACCUGCAGCUGGCCGUCCGCAACGACGAGGAGCUCAACAAGCUGCUGGGAGGGGUGACCAUCGCUCAGGGCGGGGUGCUGCCCAAUAUCCAGGCCGUGUUGUUGCCCAAGAAAAGCGGCGCGCCCGCCAACCCCAAGGGCAAGUAAAGAGACAAAGCGACAAUUUAGAAACCCAAAGGCUCUUUUCAGAGCCACUCAGAUUGUCUGUGGAAGGGCUGAGCACCGGCUGGGGUG